AUGUCUGAUGAUAAUAUAAUAUCCCCAGCAGUAGCGGGAAUAUCUGGUCUUUCUCUAUCCCAGGCCACGGUAGCAGGGUUUGGCUAUAACCCUUCUUUUGGGACGUCUUCAAACAACAUCACAUCAGAGAGUUCUAGUAUCUUAAUGAGUAAAAAAACGAUCACUUUAACUCCGACAUCUUUCAAUUCCAUCUACGAUAGAAAUAUAAGCACAAAGAAGGCGGUGGAAAUAAACCUAUCCUCAUUAUCUUUCUUAUUUUGUGAAAUUGUUAGUUUUUCACAUAGAAACUCGAAAGGAGUCCAAGACUUAGAGACAAGGCUUAAUGGGCUUGGAUAUCAAAUUGGUCAGCGGUUUCUUGAAUUAAUCAAAUUGAGAGAAGGCUUGAAGUAUAGUAAAAGAGAAAUAAGGAUUAUUGAAAUAUUACAAUUUAUCCAUAGCUCCGUAUGGAAGUCAAUAUUCGGAAAGACAGCUAAUGAACUAGAAAAAUCUCAAGAUGUGGAUAAUGAGUAUAUGAUAAUUGAUAACGUGCCGUUGAUAUCAAAAUAUAUAAGUAUUCCUAAGGAUUAUGGAAACUUGAAUUGCUCAGCUUUUAUUGCCGGUAUCAUUGAGGGAGCAUUGGAUUCAUCAUCUUUUCAAGCUACAGUUACAGCCCACUCCGUCCCCAUUGAGGGUCACCCUCUCCGCACAGUGUUUUUGAUCAAUUUUGAUGAGCUGUUGUUAAUGAGAGAAGAAAUAAGGUUUGAGUAA